CACUGCUCGGCUCUCUGUGUGUGCAACAGCAGCUCAGCUCAGGCAGCAGACGGCGGCCCGCGCCUCCGGUCCCUUCUACCGUUUUCCUCCGUUCAUUCCUAUUCCCCCGCUUCUCUUGUUUUUGAUCACUCCCUUUUUUUUUUUAUUCCUGCAGCCGGCUCGGAGUCGGAGACAUGUCUGCCAGACCAGGGUUUUACCGGCAGGAGCUGAACAAGACUGUGUGGGAGGUUCCGGAGCGGUACCAGAACCUGACGCCGGUGGGCUCCGGUGCCUACGGCUCGGUGUGUUCGGCGUAUGAUGUCGUCCUGCGGCAGAAGGUUGCGGUGAAGAAACUGUCCCGGCCCUUUCAGUCUCUGAUCCACAGCCGCCGCUCGUACCGGGAACUCAGGCUGCUCAAGCACAUGAAACAUGAGAAUGUAAUCGGGCUACUGGAUGUCUUCACACCUGCUGCAACAUUAGAGGACUUCAAUGAACUCUACCUGGUGACUAACCUGAUGGGCGCAGACCUCAAUAACAUUGUGAAAUUUCAGAGGUUGUCAGACGAGCACGUGCAGUUCUUAAUUUACCAGCUUCUCCGCGGCCUCAAGUACAUCCAUUCAGCCGGAUUGAUCCACAGAGACCUCAAGCCAAGUAAUGUCGCAGUGAAUGAGGACUGCGAGCUGAGGAUCCUUGACUUUGGAUUGGCCAGACAAACAGAUGACGAGAUGACAGGGUAUGUGGCAACUCGCUGGUAUCGGGCGCCGGAGAUCAUGCUGAACUGGAUGCACUACAAUCAGAAUGUUGAUAUUUGGUCAGUGGGAUGCAUUAUGGGAGAGCUGCUGAAGGGAAAAGUCCUCUUUCCUGGAACUGACUACAUCGACCAGCUGAAGAGAAUCAUGGAGGUGGUUGGGACUCCGUCACCAGAGCUGUUAAAGAAGAUCUGCUCUGAACAUGCACAGAAGUACAUCCAGUCUCUGCCCUACAUGCCCCAGCAGGACCUGGAGAAGAUCUUUAGAGGAGCAAAUCCACUAGCUGUCGAUCUACUGAAGCGUAUGAUGGUUCUGGACUGUGAUGGGAGGAUCUCGGCCAGCGAAGCUCUGUCCCACCCUUACUUCUCGCAGUACCACGAUCCAGACGACGAGCCAGAGGCCCCGCCUUACGACCAAACAAUUGAGAGUAAAGACCGAACUCUAGAAGAAUGGAAAGAGUUGGUAUUCGAAGAGGUGAACAGCAUCAGAGCAUCUGGCAGCAAGACUGAUAGCCUCCAGGUGGAGCAGUAAGCCUCUCUCUGCUCUGCCUCCACCUCCACCUCCACCUCCACCCUUAACCCUGAAGAAGGACCACACACUCAGUGACUGGGAGAAAGACUGUGGCAAGCCAACCAAUGAAAAAAAAAAACAUUUCCUCUGCUCAGCGUGACUGUGUUUGAUUCCCUGUCAUGAGUUUAUGUGGGCAGCAGGGCAGCAGGACGGACGGUCUCCACGGGAUCAGAUGCACAUAUUGCAAUUACAGGGAGCGAUUUUAGAAUUCGACAGAAGGAGCUUUCCAGUCCAGAAAGUUGCUUCCUCCUAUGUUUCCACUCAGCGAGGUCAGAAUGAGGAACCAUUCGAUGUGGCUGCGUCAUACGAGGGAGCAACUUUAUGGAGCUGAACUGUGUUUACAGACUGAUAGAAACGUAUCGAAGGAAGAAAAAAAAAACGCACACUAGGAUUUCCAAAGCAACGUCAGAGUGCCGUCUGCUCCCUCAUCAUGACAAAUGCCAUAAGCAGUCAGUGCUUUCAUAUAUGGAAUUCAUGUUUAAAGGCUUGCAGCGAUGCCACCCUUGUCAUGUCACAAAACAGCUUAGCGUUUAGCCUGCAUACUACUGCAUGAUUUUUGUGCAUUUUAUUAUUACAGAAUAUGAUAUUGUAGUAUAUAACCAUUGAGACUGCUUAUUGCAUCUGCCACAUACUGCUGUAAGAGCACCCUGAGGGUCAGAGAGAGGCAUCACCAGGAAAUGUGACCAACUUUUAACCUGCUUUAUCUUUAUAAUUUCCGUGCAGUAAAUAUAUAUAAUAAUACAAAAGCAAACAAAAAUGACUGUUCUUCCUUGGAUGAGAGUCGACCUCUCCUGCUUACAGAGUAGUAAACACCAACUGUGCUAUUAAUUAGCAAGGUAAUUAAUAUAUGCCAAAGCUGGAGCAGAAUGGCUGUGUCGCAGCUCUGUGUUUACAGUGUGGCCUCGCCUCUCAUAUACAGUUUCCGCUGAUGGCUGAUUUCUGAUCACAUGUCGGCGUUGGCAGCGCUCCAUCAGGUUUCCAUAGUCUUUUACAGUCUCCGUUUGUGUUUACAAUAAUUAAGAUGUCGGGCAUUUUGUAAGCUGUUCCCAGAAGGUGUGUAACCGUGCUGGUACGUCCAUCCACAGGUGAAACACUCCAGGCUGUCAAUUCCUAUAGAGCAGCCAUAUUUGGCUCAUUAGUGAUAUCCCUUGUUUCCUCAUCUUCUUAUUAGUUUUCAUGAUGCUUAAGUGUUAAAACAGAAACAAAGCAGAGCACACACAUUCAUUAGUGUCCACAGCACAAACACACUGGGGAUGUUUUUACCUCUGUUGUAGGGUAUUUCAGUGACACUGCAGCUCAUCGCAACACUAGAACGCCCUCACAUGUAACGUUUGUGUAAGCAGCAUGAGCUCAGUGCAGAUGCAGAUUAUUACGACCAAUGGCUAACUUCCUCACUGACGUUGUGUCAUCCGUGUUGCAGCAGACUGGAGUUUUAGUUCGACAAACUUUUUGCUGAGGCAGAUAUAAUGUUGUGUUAAAACCACAGUGUGCUUAUUCAUCACACCACAGGUUUCUCAGUGUCACACUGAAGGUCUGUGGAAAUGUCAAGAGGUAAAAGAGAACAACAGUAAUAUUAUGAAAUCUAGUGCUCUGAUAGUUGAUGAAAAAGUAGAGUGCAACUAGCCGAAUGCAUCUGGGAAUCAGUUUUCUAAUUCAAUGGCAUGUACCUAAACAUAACAUUUAGAUGUCUCAUCACACAGAAGAUGCAUUUAUAAACCAUCAAGACCUCAAGUGACAUUUUGGGAUAUAGAAAGCUUACAAAUCAGGAGCAGACAUAAGUCCAGUUAAUGUCUGGCUGCUGCAGAUGCAUUCUUACACUUAAUUUGUGUACUACCUGGAUAUAAGCUGGAUACUAAUCGCGAGCCGAGCUGAACCUCUAAUGUCAAGUGGCAGCAAGAGCAGCUCUGUAGCUUAGCUAAAUAGCUACAAGCUAGCUUUGAUUUUAACCUAACCUGCUAGGUUGUAAUGCUAACAUAGCAACCCGUUUGCAUUCCCAGGUCGCCGAAACUGAUGCGUUAUCAUGCCCCUCUGAGUUUCAUAGUGAGACACAGGGCAACCACGGCAUAUCCGAGGCAUGUUGUGGACAGCAUUGUUUGAUUACAUUUUCAUGGCUAGAUUUGGUAGUUGGUCCGUACUUGUUAGUGUGGCAUAACUUCCAUCCAAGUGUGGUCAGGAUAUUUGUGAAUAAUCAGGGUUCUGUGGAUACUUUAAAAAUAAGUCCUUAAUUGGUAUCAGGGCACAAAUUGAUCAGUAUCUAUCCACUGGCCAAAUGCUGGUAUUAAAAUGUCUUUAAUCAAUCUUUCUAAAGUCCCAACAUAUCACGGCACACAGCUACACUGUAGGGUAUGCAUCUACGCAGAGCCUAGGCAUGGCUAAGAACAUUUUGGUAAUGUUGUGAAUGUGUGGUCAGGUUUGGGCAACAAAACACUGGACAUAGGUACAUCAAUGACGUAACGUGACAUUCCAACAACACUGACUUUUGGGGCACAUUCAAUCUGAAAACUGUGCAUCAUUUUGUUACAGUUUCUAGUUUGAAUGACAUGUUUCCUCGAAACGGUAUGCAGCAACAUUUUAGGUAUGUUGUAGGACUGAGCCAAUUACUCGUGGAUGAAACGAGUAUCCAGUACAGAUAAUGUACUUUUUACGAGUUUGAGUAUCACAAGAGUAAAAUGUUUGGUUAGCUGUGUUUAAUCUAUUGCUCUUGUGAUAAAAUAUGAUCUGAAAGUCACUUCUGAGGCUGUUCUGUAAAUAGUUUUCUCAUAUGUCAUAAGUAUUGCAUCUUUUGAUCAAAUCCAUAUAAAUUUCAGGCUUAAAAUAACAACUUCUCAUUAGGCCCAACCCCCUUUUGAUUUAAACUCCACCCACUUCUGGUUUGAACUCCACCCAUUCCGAGCACAGAUCCAGAUAAUGGCGUACUCGCUCAUCCCUAGUAAAUUGUCUCUUGUUUGGCGGGUGUGUCAGUGUUAUUACCCAAUCAGCUGCAACAUGUAUAUAAACCAAAUUGUAGUAGAUCUUCACUUAUUGUUCAAUUUUUGUUUUUAUUUUACGUUUGCUUCGGCAAUGGGAACAUUUGUUGCCCAUGCCAGUAAAGGCCUCUUGAUUUGAUAUGAAUUAAACCCCGCAAUAUUAAAAGGCAGUGCGCUGACGUAACACAACAAGGUAUUCAGGGCUCUACCAUUUCUGUUUAAGUAAAUGUUUGCUACAUUUUAUCAAGGCUGGACGCAGCCAUGGUUUCACCCAGGACAUGAACUAUGGUCUCCUGGAUGAAAGUCCGGUAAGGUUUGACCCAUUUACCUCCCCUCCCCCCAAGCUCAGAGACUUUCUCCCUCUUUAUAUUACAUGAGUUGUUCUCUUGAGCCUAGUGCAUCUCGUAAGGACGCCCUAGGGUGCCUUUGGCAUCAAUACCGCAUGCUGAGGGGUGUGAGAAAGAGGCAGUAUUUGACGCCCUGGGAAUGAGAAGAGGCCGAAUACACUAGUGUAACUACAGUGUAGAGUAGAAACAUCGUCAGCUGAGGUUUCAGUUACUCCAGAAUAAUUAGUAAACCAAGCUAGCUCAGUUAAAAUAUCUGUUAGCUCAAUUAAAAUCAGUUAUAUUUUAAUGUAUAGUUUGGUGUGUUCACAAGAAAAACUGUGGUUCUUUGUUUUAACCUACUCUACCAAUGAGUUUAUCUCUGCCUCAAACAAACAUAAGUACAACUAAAGCGUCAUUGUACUCAUCUAGAAGUCAUUUUUAAGGAGCACAAGAAAGGAAAUCUACUCUCAACUAUUUUUCCCCUGUAAUGGUUCACACUGGAGUGCUACAUGUAGCCUGUUGUGCAAGCCAUCCAUUAACACUGGAUGCAAAAUGUUGAAUUUACAGUCCAAACAAAUCCAACCUGUCUGUCUCAGUCAAAGCGUGUUAGAGCUCUGAAUGUUCAAGUGUUGUGUGCUUAUGUGGAUGUUGUACAUGUGGUGGAUUUGAAUAGCAAACUGCAAAUCGAAUGUAUACGUAUACUGUAUGUAUGUUAACAAGUUAGAAGUGUCUUUUGAAUACAUGGUGGCAUGUGAUUCAACGGUAGCCAUGAGUUUCAGAUCACUAAACCGAAUGUCAGCCGUCAGUUUUCAAAUGAAUCGGAUGAUUUUCUCAUUCAUCAUCAACGGGUAACAUGACUUGGCAAGUCUUGGCUUCAACAGAAUAAACACCA